GACAACUUGUGAAAAUCUGUCAUGAUUCUGAUGCAAACAAGAGGAUUACUGUGGCACAAAUGGUGGACGAGAUCAGGGCGUUGUAUGGUGCUGGUCAUCUAACAACGACAAAUUUACUUUCAUGGACCGUUUUUCUUCUAGCAGUGGACACAGAUUGGCAGGAUAAAGCUAGGAAGGAAGUGGUUGAACACUUUGGCCAGGAAAAUCCUUCAUCUGAUGGCAUUGCCAGGCUUAAAUCCAUGAACAUGAUUAUAAACGAGUCACUCAGACUCUAUCCACCCGUGCUUACUGUGACAAUAGCAGUUAAAAAGGAAGUAAAAUUAGGAAGCCUCACUCUUCCUCCAAAUCUCAGCAUUUUCAUUUCCAUACUCGCUCUUCAUCACGAUCCUCAGAUAUGGGGCAAAGAUGUUCAUCUCUUCAAACCAGAGAGAUUUUCUGAAAGGGUGGCUAAAGCGACAAACAACAAUGCUGCAGCAUUCAUUCCUUUCGGUAUGGGGCCUCGGACUUGUGUGGGACUGAACUUCACAACAAAUGAAUCAAAGAUUGCACUUUCAAUGAUCCUGCAGAGGUACAAGUUCUCACUGUCCCCAAACAAUGUUCAUCACCCGGCUGAUAUAUUUAUCCUCACCCCGAAAAAUGGAGUUAAAGUGAUACUUCAGAAACUGUAACUCUUUGCAGAAGAAACUACUUAUGCAACUCUGAAGUUGUUUGUAUGAUCAAUAUGUAAAUAGGAUUAAGGUUACAUUGUAAGCAAUGAAUGUGAAAUAAAUAAUAAUGUCAUUGUACAUUAGAUAA